UCAAGAAGAAUAAGAUGUUAUUAUCAGCAGCAUCAUGGCUUCAACAAACUGCUGAUAUUGUGGAAAUUGAAGGGACAAUUUUGAUAGCUGCUGAAAUGCUGUAUCAGAAAGCAUGGAACAGCUUACAAGAUCAGUCACAAAUGCCCCACAACAUAAUGAUAUUAGAAAAGUUUCUCGAAGCAUAUUUUGGUGACACCCUAUGUGCCAGAAGAUUGCACUGUCCUCUCACAACCACUAAGGAAGAAAGUAUGGGAACAAAUAUUUCUAACAGUGGAGGAAAGGAAGUUGAUAUGCCAGUUUCUUCUGUGAUGAAUGAUACUGAAAACAGUGAUUUUGAAUCAGAUUUUGAAAACUUGACAGCAGUUACUAAGAUUCCAAUUCAUGUUCCACCCCUCCUUGUUAAAAGCAAUAGAAAAAUGUCAGCAUCAUUUCCUGGCAGAAGUUUAAAUAUGCGGAGGGGUGUAAGAAUUUCGAGUGCCUUUGAACUUCCAAUCAAGCAUGAACAUUGUCAAAAAUUAAUUCGGUUUAAUUUUGCUGGAGCCAAUCCUAUGUCUAAAAGACAUUUGAAACGUCGAAUAUUGGAUCCUCAACAUGCACAGCUAAUGUGUCAAAGUGUUUACUUCAGUAAGAGUUGUCAGGUGGAAUGCAUAGGGAAAUUAGUGCGCAGACAUCGCAGAGCCACAUCAUCAGUAACUUGGUUAUCAAACAUGAUGGCAACAUUGUAAUUGGUGAGCCACUGACUGAAGUUGUAAUUUUGAUUUUACAAGACUGGGUGAAAUGAAUUUUAUGACCUUAAAUUCAUGUUUUAUGGUGGUAGAUAAUUGUAAUUACUGUAAUUAUGUAAUAUUCACAGUCCCAAAUAUUUAUUAGUGAUUAUAUAAUUAUGAUCAACUACCAACUGUCUCAGUGAAAUGUGAAAUAUGUACCAAAUAUGAUGUGCAGUAAUUUCAUAA